AUGUUGUACAAAUCACUUGCCAACCUCUCUGGUAUGACCUCCAACUCUGUGAACAAUAGCCAGGUUCAGACUACCAAAUUAGUUGGUGGAACUCAAUCUUCAAACUCAAUUGCACUGAUUGAUGCAGAUGUCCAUGGUAGCGUUAUCAUACCAGGUCUUCUUACUAUUGCCCCAAUCGAUAUUGUUGCACGUCUU